AUGCAUGGGCCUAAAGUCCUUCCGGCAUGGAUCAACCAUCAAGGAUCAGGCACGAUCAACAAGAAUCAAUGCUUCCUGCAGAUCAUUCCGACGACAGGUUGCAAUACCACCGAUUUUGACUGCCUCUGUGCCCACCCCACAUUUGGUGAUGAGUCCAUCGCCUGCUUCACAGGCGAGUGCAGCGUGAAAGACACGUUGAGAGCCACCAAUGCCUCCACAGUCCUCUGCGAAUGGCCGAUUCGCGACCAGAGCGACACACCUAAGAUCACCAUCAUCGUCCUUACUAGUCUUGCACUGCUAUGUGUUCUCAUACGAGUUGUCGCGCGCAACCCGUUCAGAGGCGAGCUAUUUGGUUGGGACGACGGCCUUAUCGUCAUGUCGAUGCUGCUGUUGCUGCCUAUGUUGCCAACACAGCUCCUGCUUGUUGACAACGGUAUCGGGACGGACGUGUGGACUGUAUCGCUCAAUCGCAUAACACAGUUCUUGAAGCUCUUCUACCUUGGCGAGAUCUGGUACAUGUUUGGUGUGAGCAUGGUGAAGCUUUCCAUCUUGUUCUUCUAUCUUCGAGUCUUCCCCCGGACUCGGUUCACAGUGGUUGUGAAGACCACUAUGUGGAUCAUUGGAGGGUACAGCUUCGCAUUCCUGAUGGUCAUCCUAUUCCAAUGCUGGCCGUUAUCAUUUAUCUGGACAAGAUGGGAUGGGGAGCACGAAGGCAAAUGCGUACCCAUGUCGCUACUUUGGGUUCAUGCGGGGCUCAAUGUCGCUGGAGAUCUUUGGGUGCUGUUCCUACCGUUGCCAAAGCUGUUCAAGCUGCAAAUGAACUACUCCUGGAGAAAGAAAGCCCGAGUAGUGGCUAUGUUCUCGACGGGCGUGUUCGUCACUUUCACCAGCAUCAUGCGGAUGCGUACUCUCAGCAUCAUGAGUUAUACUCGUCCGAACUUCACCUGGGACUGGUCAGACUGUAUGUUAUGGUCUGGAAUUGAAGCGAACACUGGGAUUAUCUGCGCGUGCAUGCCCGCAGUGCGCGCCUUUUUCAUACAGAAGCUUCCAGAUUGGCUGCAGAGUACUCAAGGGACCAAUGCAGGCACUUAUGGCCACAACAGUGCAAUGCGAGCUGGCGCUCCUUCCAGGGCAGGUCAACCUGCAACAUCAACCACGGCCGGCACCGGAAGCAAGAGAGAAGACUUUGUGCAGUUGACUCAGUUUCAAAGCAAUGGGACUGGGAGUGAAGAGAACUUGACCCCCGUUGAACCAACAGCAGUUCCAGGGAUACGCGCGAAGCAUGAGGUCAGAAUCUGGGGCGGUCAACGGUCGAGGAAGCGGCAGUCGUGGCCGACGCCUCCAGAAAGGUGA